GUUCUGUGAAUGGCGGGAUGUUUGUGUCUGAAUGGCUGAAGCAGCGGAAUCUUGUUUUCUGGGCUUUGAUUUCAGCACACAGCAGCUGAAAGUUGUGGCCAUUGAUGGAAAUCUGGAGGUGAUUCAUCAGAGCAGCGUUCAGUUUGACAGCGAGCUGCCUGAGUUCAGGACUCAUGGAGGAGUUCAUAUUGACGAGGAUAAGCUGACGGUGACGUCUCCGGUGCUCAUGUGGGUGAAGGCUCUCGAUGUGUUGCUGGAGAAGAUGAGAGACUCUAACUUUGAUUUCUCCAGAGUGAAGGCCGUCUCCGGCAGUGGACAGCAACAUGGCAGUGUUUUCUGGAGGAACGGCGCGAGACAAACCCUGAAGCGUCUGAACCCACAGCAGCGUUUACACCAUCUCCUGCAGGGGUGUUUUGCGCUGCAGCACAGUCCCGUGUGGAUGGACUCCAGCACAGCAGAUGAGUGUAUGUCUCUAGAGGCGUCAGUAGGGGGCGCUCAGACCCUCGCAGACAUCACUGGAUCACGAGCUUAUGAGCGCUUCACUGGAAAUCAGAUUGCAAAGAUUUAUCGCUUAAAGCCGAAGGAGUUCAGUGAGACGGAGAGAAUUUCCCUGAUCAGCAGUUUCGCAGCUUCUCUGUUUCUGGGAGACUUUGCUCCGAUUGAUUUCAGUGACGGUUCAGGGAUGAAUCUGAUGGAUAUUUUCCAGAAACGCUGGUCAUCGGUGUGCUUACAGGCCACAUCGCCAUGUUUAUCUGAUCGACUCGGAGAACUCGCACCGUCUACAGCCAUUCUGGGCUGUGUUUCUCCAUAUUACUCUGAACGCUUCGGGUUUCCAGAAAACUGUAGAAUAGUGGCCUUCACUGGAGAUAAUCCUGGAUCUCUGGCUGGAAUGAGGCUUCAGGAGGGAGAUCUGGCGGUCAGUUUGGGCACCAGUGACACAGUUUUCCUGUGGAUUCAGGAGCCCAAACCAUCAGUUGAGGGACACAUCUUCUGUAACCCGGUGGACUGCAGCACUUACAUGGCUCUUAUAUGCUUUAAGAACGGCUCUCUGACCCGUGAGCGUGUGCGUGAUGAGUGUGCUGGAGGAUCAUGGGAGCAUUUCUCCAGCGCUCUGAGGGACACACACAUGGGCAACUCUGGAAAUAUAGGCAUGUAUUAUGAUGUGCUGGAGAUCACUCCUGCAGCCGCUGGUGUUCACAGGUUUAAUUCUGAAGGUCAGCAGGUUUCUGCCUUCCAGCCCCAGGUGGAAAUCCGAGCCCUGGUUGAAGGACAGUUUAUGGCCAAACGAGUUCAUGCCGAAAAACUGGGCUACAAGAUCAUUCAGGGCUCCAGAGUUCUGGCCACUGGAGGAGCCUCGGCUAACAAGGACAUCUUACAGGUCUUGUCUGACGUCUUCAACGCUCCGGUUUACACCAUCGACGUCACCAAUUCGGCCUGUCUGGGCUGUGCUUACAGGGCUGCACACGGUCUGGUAGCAGAAACAGGAGUGUCUUUCAGAGAGACGGUGAGAAACACUCCUGAACCGCAGCUGGCUGUGAGACCAACACCUGGAGCUCAGGAGGUUUAUUCACCGAUGCUGCUCAGAUUCGCCAAACUGGAGGAACAAAUACUGAGAUGAUCAACACACACACACACACACACACACCCA